CUGCUGGCAGUGGUGGUGGUGGUGGUGGUUCGGCAUGGUGAAUUCGGUAUUAGAGAGCAAAACCCCAUUUCCCUGUCCUGUCUGAAGAAGAAGAAGCAGUAAUUCAAUAAAAUCGGAUCAAUAAAAUCCCCCAACACCCAGCAGGCAGGAGGCGACAUUGUCAAUGUCAACACGACCGAGGAGUAAGUAAGGUUUAGCAGGUCAGCUGACAUCUUCCUGAGGCAGAACUUGUUGUCAGUCGGUGGUCGUGUGUCAAGUCAAGUGUUCGGAUUACAGAAUGUCGGGAAAUUAUUACUUUGUCGUCGUAGGACAUCAUGACAAUCCGCUAUUCGAGAUGGAAUUUUCUCCACCUACGAAGGAUGUUAAGAAGGAGGACCAUAGCUACCUUAAUCAAUUUAUAGCACAUGCCGCCCUAGACUUGAUAGAUGAACAUGUUUGGAAAACUAACAACAUGUACUUGAAAAUAGUUGAUAAGUUUAAUGAUUGGUUUGUCUCGGGGUUCGUCACCGCUUCACAAAUCCGAUUUGUGAUACUUCACGAUCAAAAGAAUGAUGAUGGAAUCAAAAAUUUUUUCCUAGAGUUGUAUGAAAUGUAUAUUAAGUACUGUAUGAAUCCCUUUUACGUACAAAACACCCCCAUAGUUAGUCCAGCUUUUGAAAAGAAGGCGUUAUUCUACGGGAGAAAAUACUUGGUUGGAUGAUAGCGGCUUUAAUCGUAAUUAAGAACAAAACAUUUUACAUACUUCAAAAACUACAAUUACGCCAGAUUCAACAUUUUCAUUACCACAUCACAAAUUUAGACGUAAAUAACUUUGUCAACCUUGUAAUGUAAUUGUUGACGCCUUUGUAACAUUUCUUGUUAUCAUUAUCGUAAUAAAAACUGUGAACAUUCCAUAAUGAAUAUUGAAUAAAUAUAAAGACGGUCAUCAAAAGCA